CAGUUCAAGUUCAAGUUCAGCUUCCAGCUCAAUCCCUACUCCUGGUCAGUAUGGUGGUCGAUCAACUGGUACUGCUGCGGCCUCUUCCUCUUCUGGUUCUCUUCAGAAUUCAUUCAAUAACCCUAACCUGUCUCUUCGACCAAUGCCCGGAUCUCAAUCUUACCCUGUUGGUCUUCCUUCUUAUCCCGCUAGCUCAACUAGCAACCCGUCUUCAUCUCAAUUACCCUCACUCAGUCUAGGACCAAUAUCGGCUUCUGCUUCAACUGGUUCACCAACUUCAACUUCCACUGGUUCAACUUCACCAAGACUAUCAAUUGACCCUAGUGUUGCCUCUGCUCUACAAAGCUUCGGCUUUAACUUGGCCAAUUUCAACGCUAAUGGCGCUUCUAUUGGAUCGUCACCCUCAUCAGCAGCUUCUGCAUCUAACAGACCCUCUGGUUCCGCUCAAGCUUCUGCUGGAGGUUUGACUGCCUCAGCCUCAACAUCAUCUGGUUCAUCUGGUUCUUCACCAUUUGGUUUGGGUUCAUUCCUGUCAUCCUCUUCAGCUCCUGGACUUGGUCAAGCUUCAAACUUUUUAUCAAACCUAUUUAGUUUCCCAUUAAAUGGUUAACAUGUUAAGAUCCUCGAAAUCAUAAUUGUAAUUUAAAUGCCCAAUCAAACUCGAUUUAAAAUUGAAAAUAAAAAUUAAAUAAUAAAAGACUAAUACCUUAACUUAA